CUCCAUGUGUGAGCGCUGCGGUGUCACCAGGGGGCAAUGCGCCGAACAAUGUACUCGAGCGAAUUCUCUGUCAUUAGCGCGGCCGUUCGCGCACAGCCCGCGUAACACUCCGGCUUCGGGAGCGCUCUGCUGGGAAACAUUUCUUUAAGAAGAAAAAAAAAAAAUCCGACUGUGUGUGGAUGUGACGCUAGGGGAACCGGAGCCCGGGGUUGCGGCGGGGUUGCAGCGGGCAUUUUGGGGCUGCGAAGCGCCCGCUCCUCCAGCGUUGUUGUGAAUCGAUCCAACAUGGCGACCGUGCCCGUCUAUUGCAUCUGUAGAUUACCGUACGAUGUGACCCGCUUCAUGAUCGAAUGCGACGCCUGUAAGGACUGGUUCCACGGCAGCUGUGUUGGCGUGGACGAGGAUGACGCACCUGACAUCGACAUCUAUCACUGCCCCAACUGUGAGGCUGACCACGGCAAAUCCACCCUGAAGAAGAAGAAGAGCUGGAACAAGCACGACACAGGGCAAAGCACGGACAUCAAACCAGUCCAGAACGGCAGUCAGGUGUUCAUCAAGGAGCUUCGCAGUAGGACCUUCCCCAGUUCCGAUGAAGUGGUUGUAAAACUGAGUGGGAAUCAAUUAACCGUAGAGUACCUGGAGGAAAAAGGGUUUACAGAACCGAUUCUGGUUCAGAAGAAAGACGGUCUUGGGAUGUCAAUGCCGGCUCCGACCUUUUACAUCAGCGACGUAGAGAAUUACGUGGGUCCAGACAUUCUUGUGGAUGUUAUUGACGUCACCAAACAGACGAACAGCCAGAUGAAAUUCAAGGAGUUUGUCGAUUACUAUUACAGCACAAACCGAAAACGAGUAUUAAGUGUAAUCAACUUGGAGUUUUCGGACAUGAGGAUGUCCAGCCUUGUGGAAAGUCCCGAGAUUGUGAGGAAGCUCUCCUGGGUGGAGAAUUACUGGCCGGACAACGCGCUCCUGGGCAAGCCGAAAGUCACAAAGUACUGUCUGAUCUGCGUGAAAGACAGUUACACGGACUUUCACAUCGAGUGUGCAGGAGCGUCUGUUUGGUACCACGUCCUCAAGGGCGAGAAGAUCUUCUUCCUAAUUAAGCCCACCUCAGCCAACUUGUCGUUGUACGAGCGCUGGAGGUCGUCAUCCAGCUACAGCGAGAUGUUCUUUGCAGAUCAAGUGGACAAGUGUUACAAAUGCACGGUGAAGCAGGGCCAGACGCUGUUCAUCCCGUCAGGAUGGAUAAAUGCAGUCCUCACCCCAGUGGACUGUUUGGCCUUCUCAGGACACUUUGUACACAAUCUCAGCGUAGAGAUGCAGAUGAGGGCGUACGAAGUGGAGAAACGGCUGAAAGUGCCCAGCCUCACCCCAUUCUCGAACUACGAGACCGCCUGCUGGUAUGUGGGGCGUCAUCUGCUGGAACGAUUCAAAGCUUUACACAAAGCAAACAAGGAACCUGCUCCUUACUUGAUUCAUGGUGCCAAAAUCCUCAAUGGAGCCUUCAGAUCAUGGACUAAAAAACUGGCUCUACUUGAACACGAAGAUGAACUACCGGAGAACAUGAAGCCGUCACAGCUAAUUAAAGACCUCGCCAAAGAGAUCAGGAUAUCUGAGAAUGCGAUGAAAGUCAGCAAGGCGGAGCCCUGUGCCAAUAGCUCCAUGGAGGAGGCCCCCGUGCCGGCAGCUGAACCCGAGGAGCCCUUGUCUCCUGCUCAUGUUCCCACGCCUCCCAGGGAGAAACCACCCAGAAAGAAAGCUGCCAAAAUGGCUAAACCCCCCAAACCACCCAAACCCCCCAAACCACCCAAGAUCCCCAAGGCACCAAAGCCUCCAAAGAUUCCCAAAGUGAAGGAUGAAGGGAAGAAGAAAGGAAAGAAGUCAAAAGAAGGCGGAGGUCUUGCCAAAGACUCUGGCUCGUCUGCUUUGGAGUGCAGCGAGAAAGAGUCCCUGGCCAAGUUGGAAAAGCCCAAAAAAGUGAAGGCUGUAAAAAAUGGAUCAAACUUAUCGGAAAGAGAGAGUAUCGGUAGGAAAGAGAGUGCGGAAAUGCCGGACGUCAGAGAACAGAACAAGAGCAAAACUGAAGCAAAGUGGAAAUACAAGAACAGCAAACCAGAUUCCCUCCUCAAAAUGGAGGAAGACCGCAAAUUCGACAAGGCUCCUUUUUCAGGAAGCAAAGAGAAAUUUGCCUUCUCGUUUUCAAAUAAAAUUGUACCGAGUUCCAAAAAUAUCAAGAGCCAGACCAACAGUGGUGUGUUCGGCUCGCUGCACAACUUCAAGGAGGACAAAGUGAAGGCCGCCCGCGACGAGUACGAGUACGUUUCCGACGAGGGCGAGCUCAAGAUCGACGAGUUCCCCAUCAGGAGAAAGAAGAGCGCGACUAAAAGGGACGCGUCCGUUUUAUCAGAUAGUAAGGACUCCAUUCAGCUCUCUAAAAAGCCAAAGAUUCAAAGAGUUGCUAAGCCAGAUGACUCGUCCGAUGAAGAAUCACUCCAUAUCGACACAAAGGCUAAACCGGAAGUGAAGGGCAAGGUAAAGAAAGAGAGCGCCAGUGCGGCAGGGGGGAUACUGGACCUGCUGCAGGCGAGCAAGCAAGUGGGGGGAGUCGACUACAGCGCCAACAGUGCGCCACCUGCAUCCCCCAGUACACAGGAGGCCAUCCAGGGCAUGCUGUCCAUGGCCAACCUGGCUUCCGCAGACUCCUCCCUGCAGCAGCCGUGGAGCAAUGGCCAGCCUAAGAGCAGCUCGCACGGUGCGGCCUCGGGUGUGAGGACGGGUGGUGGCGUCAGCGGUGGGAACAGCAAGCGUCCAGCCAAGCGUCUUCUGAAGAAGACCAUGAAGAGCAGCAGCUUGGAGAGUUUGGAGAUGUUUGACGAUGAUCAGGACCACAUGGAUGCCUGCUUCAAGGAUUCGGACUAUGUUUACCCUUCUCUGGAGUCGGAGGAAGACAAUCCGAUUUUCAAGUCCAGAUCAAAGAAGAGGAAGAGUUCAGACGACACCCCCUACAGCCCAUCAGCCAGAGUAGGACCUUCGGUCCCGCGCCAGGACAGGCCGGUUCGGGAGGGGACACGCGUGGCAUCGAUUGAAACCGGGUUGGCUGCAGCGGCUGCUAAACUCUCCCACCAGGAGGAGCAGAAGAACAAGAAGAAGAAGAAGAGCUCCAAGAAGAAGGCACUUUUGUCGGAGGACCCCAGUAAAGCCCCCCAGGACUGCAGCUCCCCGGAGGCCAAGUUGGACUCGCACACUAACAGCCUGACAGAUCACGAGUACAUAGCUGGGACAGGCAAGGUGCAGGCUGGGUCCCAACCCAUGGCACCGGGGGUCUUCCUCACAUCACGGUGCCCGUCCACAUCGUCUCAGACGAACCCAUCAGCCAAGGGAGAGCGUGGAGCCCCGACAGAUGCCAAAGCCAAAAGGGUAAAGAAAGGCAUGGCAACAGCCAAACAGAGACUUGGGAAGAUUUUAAAGAUACAUCGAAAUGGAAAACUCCUUUUGUAAAACAGACAGAAGCACGAUGAGACCUUCCAGUCGCACUGGUGGCCCAUAUACCAGAACUGAGAGCGUUCCUCCUCGCAAGUCACACUUCAGCCUUGACACCAGGGGAAUAAAACGGACACGUAUCUUUUUCUCUUUUGAAGGAGAAUAUAUAGAUUUUGCAUCAAGGUAUCCUUUAUAACUUUCAGAUAUUAAUUGUACAGAACACCGGCUAUAAAUAUUUUAAAUUAACAUGUGUCUACCAGGGGUCGCGGAAAAAAAAAAAAAAAAAAAACAAUCAGUUGAAAAUCAGUGACCAUUCCAAACCCUGGAAGUCAUCCCUUAACUGCAUUAACUAUGUUUUAUUCCAGGCUUGCACUUUUUCUUUAUGAACAUGUUCUUUUCUGCAGCCCUCCGGUCUGGAUGAUUCUAUUUCUUGUCUUGCAGUAGAGUAUUCCCAAUGAGUCUUGUCAUAUGUCCUACUGAAUUUUGCAGGUAUGACCUGAUCUAUUGUGUUUUUCGUGCGCCCUUUUCUGAAAACAGUGACGGUCGAUGGGUAACAUUGUACAAUGCAGAUCUACAGUCUGCUCUUCGGCCCCCUCGCCUGUAAACUGAGAGAUUAAAAUAGCCUGUCAGUGUGCGGGUGUGACAAACACUAUUAGGAUGGGACAAAGAUUGGAUUUAAAAAAGCGAAUAGCAGGUGGCAAAAUGAAAUUCUAAGAAUUCUUAUUCACCCCACAAAGUGAAAGUUAACCAAAGUUUUUCAGUUCAUCCUAAGGGUGACUGAAAUUGAGGUAACAUGGUAAAAAGUUAUUAUCUUCAGCUGCAGGGCCACACAAGUUGGCAGUGUAGCAGUUAAGAGUUGCCGUCUUGUGCCGGAAGGACCCAGGUCUGGAUUGUACCUCCAGCUCUUGUACCCUGGAGCAGUGAACUUACCCUAAACUGCGCCAGUAAAAAAUACCCAGUUUUAUCAGUGAUUAAAUCAUUGUAAGUAGCUUUAACGGUGCAAGUCCCUUCGGGUAAAAGCAUCAGCUAAAUAAAUAAAUAACUAAAAAGUUAUGUAGUACGUCUGUGGGUUUUGGGUAAUGCACACGUAGACAUUUGCAACAGAAAAAAACAUGACAUUUUUAUGUUCGUAAGAAACCUCAGGAACCAAAACAAGAAUGAUUUAAUAAGUCACUGUAACAUAUUUGACCUUUUUCUAUCAGAAAAUGUAAAUUUUUUUGUAAAUAUGAAACAUUUAUUUCGCGUUCACUACUUCUUUUUUUUU